UGUUGUCUUUUUUGGUUUUCAUGUUAUGGGGCUCAUUUGGCAAUACCAUGAAUAGCUAUGAUCAUUCGAAAUGGUGAAAUUAAGCGGUGUGGUCAUGUUUUCAAAUGAUGGCAACGGAAAUGUAGUCAAGGAUGACAUCGAGAUUGAAGUAGACGACGACACUAAAGAGCUGGAUUUGACAAGGCGACGCCUGUUAUCGGCAACAAAUUUCAAAUCGCUUUCAAAACUCGAGAUGUUAGUGCUUAGAUGGAAUUUGCUCAAGAAGAUUGAAAAUCUUAGUGGACUGCAAAGCUUAACACGCUUAUCGCUAUAUGAUAACCAAAUUACGAAAAUUGAGAAUCUCACCGAUAUACCGAACCUACAUAUACUCGAUUUAUCUUAUAAUCGAAUCACAAAAAUUGAAGGAUUAGAAACACUUAUAAAACUCAAAGAGCUCUACUUGACCCGAAAUAAGUUGACAAAAAUUGAAGGAUUGAACAAACUAAGCUCAUUAGAGCUUCUAGAACUAGCAGAUAAUCGCAUCAGAAAAGUGGAAAAUUUGGAAGAGUUGACAGGAUUGAAGAAGCUGUUUCUGGGAGCGAAGCAGAUCACUGUAAUAGAAGGGCUUUCUACACUGAGAGGGUUGACGGUGCUGAGUUUUAUUGGUAAUGCCAUACGAGAUAUUGAAGGAUUGGGAGCGCUAAUAAACCUUGUGGAUUUGUCUGUAGCACAAAAUGGAAUAACAAGAAUAGCCGGGCUAGCAAAUAACUUGGCGCUCAGCUGUCUCGAUUUGAACGACAAUCGUAUUGAGAAAAUUGAAAAUCUUCAGCACCUCGUGAAACUCAGAAGCUUGUGGAUUCGAAAAAACAAGAUUGCCAACUGGUCCGAGGUGGCGUAUCUGAAUCGCUUACCUUCGCUCCGAGACCUUGCGUUCGAAAUGAAUCCUAUAUACAGCACCCAGCACUUCUACCGCAACAGAAUACGCGAGAUUCUCCCAAAAAUCAGAAUUAUUGAUGGAUUUCCUGCAAGAUGGAUUACCGGCGAUCCUUGGCAGGAGCUCUCCGAAGGAUCGGAAGGAUCAUGUGCAUAGAAGCGCUGAUGCUGACACUAAAAAUUCAUAAACGAUACUCAUAUACAUUUAAUGCUCUUCGAAAGCGGCUUCAAUGUGGAGGAUAAUAAAAC